AUGGAGAACAGGAUUGUUGAAAUGUGUCAAGGUCUACCAUUGGCGGCAAGUGUGUUGGGAGGCCUUUUACGCAACAAGCAAAAACAUGAAUGGCAGGCAAUUCUUGAUGGAAACCCCCUUGUUGCAGGUGAAGAUGAUAACAGAGAAAAUAGCGUUAAGAAAAUCCUAAAACUCAGCUAUGAUUAUCUACCAUCUCCACAUCUGAAAAAAUGCUUUGCUUACUUUGCAAUGUUUCCAAAAGAUUUUGAGUUUGAAAAGGACCAACUAAUCCAACUCUGGAUGGCAGAAGGCUUUCUUCAUCCAUGUCAAGAGAUCACUGUAAUGGAAGACAUCGGGUACUAG